AUGGCUACCGCUCUUACGAAAUUGAAGAAGCGCUUGGGUUUUUCAGGGAAGGCGAGAGCCUUAUCACUGCCCGGAGAACUAUGCCGCUACUUUUCUCUAGACGAAAUCAAAACAGCAACCCACGACUUCAAUAAAGAAUUAAUUGUCGGUGAGGGUGGCUUUGACACAAUAUAUAAGGGUUUCAUUGACAAGGGUAACUCCUGGCCUGUUGCGAUAAAGCGCUUGAGGAAGGAUUCAUUUCAAGGUGAAGCAGAGUUCAGGACGGAGACUAUAUUGCUCUGUCAAAUUCGCCAUGUCCACCUCAUUACAUUCAUCGGAUACUGCAAAGAUGAGGGCGAGAGGAUCCUCGUCUACAACUUCAUGGCCAACAAAACGCUACGACCAUCCCUACGGCAUCGACAAGAUCCCCCUACUGUGGAAACAGAGGCUGCAGAUUUGCAUCGGAGCGGCGCGUGGCUGCACUGCCUACACACGGGGUUGAAGCACCCAGUUAUCCACCGUGACGUGAAGACGACCAAUAUUCUCUUGGAUGAGAAUUGGGUAGCCAAGGUUUCAGAUUUCGACUAUCCAGACAGGUUUUGAAUGACAUCAAGUCUAGUAACCUCAUCGGGUACGUGAAGGGUACGAGGGGACCUUUGGAUUUUGAAUUGUCCGAAUAGAUUUCGAGUAACAGUACUACGGCUAGUUACGGUUACUCUACGAUGGCAAGGGGUACGCUUGGAUAUGCGGAUCCGGAAUACAUUAGGAGUGGACGAUUCUCAGCAAAAUCCGAUGUAUUAUCCUUCGGCGUGGUACUCUUGGAAGUAUUAUGUGCCCGAAAACUACUGGAUUUUGAACUGAUGGAGGAGCAAUCCGAGCAAUGGAGUUUGGUCCACUGGGCCCGAGAAUGCAACGAUAAUGGGAGCAUCGAAAAAAUCAUAGAUCCGUAUCUGGAGGGGAAGAUAGCUCCAGAAUGCUUCAAGGUUCACGUGGACGUUGCGAUGACUUGCUUGCAGCUUAAGGGUAUCCAACGGCCUACGAUGGUAGAUGUGAUAGAAAGACUCGAACUUGCACUGGAGCUGCAAGAGAAGGCGGAUUCGGAGAGGGAGAAGAUGAUGAGUCCUGGUAGUGAAAGCAUGUCGGACUCGGGUCAAAUUACAAGGUACAAUGAUAUAAUGGAAGAUUUGUCCACAAAUUCACAAACACCGUCGAAUUGAUCUCGUAAAGCUUCUCCCGGGGUUUGAGGUGAAAUAAUAAACAAAAUGAAUACCCCUUUUGAUUUGUCAUUAAUUUAGACAUAUUAACUAAUUAUUUUAAAUCUUUUAAUCCUAAUGCUAUCAGCUUUGAUAA